UGCUCAGAGGCGGAGGCCGGAGGGGGUCCUGAGAGGGUGGCGGAGGCCGGCCUGCCCCGCCCCCGCCCUCUGCGCCGGGCUUCCCUUCUGCGCGCCCACGGGCAGCUUCCCUUUCCGGGAGGGCAAGUAGCGGCCGCCGGUUUUUUCUCGUUCUUUUUCGUGGCUUUUGCGGCUCUCCUGGAGCAGGCAUGGCAACUGGGAGACGCAGCGCCGGCCUGCGGCUCUGCGCCACAGUUUUUUUACUUGAUAUGGCUUUCUGCAAAGGAUUUGUAGAAGAUUUAGAUGAAUCGUUUAAAGACAAUCGGAAAGAUGACAUUUGGCUUGUAGAUUUUUAUGCACCAUGGUGUGGCCAUUGUAAAAAACUGGAACCGAUUUGGAAUGAAGUUGGUCUUGAGAUGAAAAAUAUUGGUUCUCCAGUUAAAGUUGGAAAGAUGGAUGCUACCUCCUAUUCCAGCAUUGCUUCAGAGUUUGGAGUUCGAGGUUAUCCAACAAUUAAGCUAUUAAAGGGGGACUUGGCAUAUAAUUAUAGAGGACCACGAACUAAAGAUGAUAUUAUUGAGUUUGCUCACAGAGUGUCUGGGGCUCUAAUUCGGCCACUUCCAAGUCAGCAAAUGUUUGAACAUGUGCAAAAGAGACAUCGUGUAUUUUUUGUUUACAUAGGCGGAGAGUCACCUUUGAAGGAGAAAUACAUAGAUGCUGCUUCAGAAUUAAUUGUAUAUACAUAUUUCUUUUCUGCCUCAGAAGAAGUGGUUCCUGAGUAUGUGACAUUGAAAGAGAUGCCCGCUGUGCUUGUUUUCAAAGAUGAAACUUACUUUGUUUACGAUGAGUACGAGGAUGGUGAUCUGUCAUCUUGGAUCAACAGGGAGAGGUUUCAGAACUACCUUACUAUGGAUGGCUUCCUCUUGUAUGAACUUGGAGACACUGGAAAGCUUGUGGCUAUUGCAGUUAUUGAUGAGAAAAAUACAUCAAUUGAACAUACCAGAUUAAAGUCAAUUAUUCAGGAAGUUGCUAGAGAUUACAGAGACCAAUUCCACAGGGAUUUUCAGUUUGGCCAUAUGGAUGGAAAUGACUAUAUAAAUACCUUGCUGAUGGAUGAAUUGAAAGUCCCAACUGUGGUUGUACUGAAUACUUCAAACCAACAAUACUUUUUACUAGACAGACAGAUCAAAGAUGCUGAGGACAUGGUGCAGUUCAUUAAUAACAUCUUGGACGGCACAGUAGAGGCCCAAGGAGGUGACAGCAUUUUGCAGAGACUGAAAAGAAUAGUAUUUGAUGCCAAAUCUACUAUUGUGUCUAUCUUCAAGAGCUCUCCGCUUAUGGGCUGCUUUCUCUUUGGCCUUCCGCUGGGUGUCAUCAGUAUCAUGUGCUACGGCAUCUACACAGCUGACACAGAUGGAGGCUACAUCGAAGAGCGAUAUGAAGUAUCCAGAAGUGAAAGUGAAAGCCAAGAACCAACAGAAGAAAGCAAAGAACAGGAGCCAAGGAGUGGAGACGCCCUAGUGCCUACAGUGCAAGGACCCAAAGAUGUAUUAGAGAAGAAGAAAGAUUGAGACUUUGCUAGUAUAGAAUAUUUGAUAGGAUUUCAAAUUAUUAAAGAGCCUAUUUAUUGAAUUUAGACAUUUAACCAUGAUCUUUACAAAAGAGAAUAUGUUAUUUGUAUUUUGCUAAUAUCAACUUGCAUGGGUUAAAGUAGUCCUUCAUAAGCAGGGAAAUGUUUGGAGCGAAGAGAUGAUAUGUUUAUCCUGAAAAAAAAUCCAGACACCCCAUCAGAAUUCACCUUAUAGAUGUUAUAGCAGAUCAGUUCUUUUGCAUGUUUCUCUAUCUGAAUAUUCUGUGACACAAUUAAGAUUCUCGGGCAGAAUAUUUAAAUUGGUCAAUCAGGUAGAAGAUACAUGUUUGAUAAAGAAAAGCAAUACCUUCACCCCCCACCAUUCAUUCUCCUCGUGUUUUAGAUAAGAUUUACAUGGACAAAAUUAAAUCUUUAAAAUUUAGGCACUUUAAGGAGAACAAACAACUUUUUCCAUGGAUGAAAUUAAGAUUAUGACUUAAAAAUAAUUUGGUUUUAUAUAGCAUAGCAAUUUUAUUUUUAGUUACUACUUUAACAGAGAGGAAAUGUUCCUUUUUAACUUUAUACUCAGUUAUGUUAUGAAAAUUUCAUAUAGAUCUGUACAGUGGGAAAAAAUAGUCUUAUGUCUAAUCUUUGCAAAAUGAGUCAAUUUGAUUGGAACACUGAUUUUAAACCAUGCCCUGGGACAUGCUUAGCAGGUGUUUCAGUGGUUGCUGUAGGAAGGGGAGGGUCUCUGUUUUAUAUUGGAGUUUCUUGUAAGAAUUCUGAGAAACAGCUCCUACUACUUUUUAAAAAGUAAUAUAUAUCAGACUUUUUGUUUAUGGUGACUUUGUGGUAAUUUAUGAUAUGUGUGUAUCUGUGUGUAUAUACACACACACGUGCACAAUAUAUUUACGUAUACAUAGAUAAAAUUUAUUGACAUAUGUCUAUUAUGUAAUAUUAUGGGCAUGUGUAUGUUCAUAAUGAGUAAUGAGUGACAUAAUCAGCCUGUCAACAAAUUUAUGAUAACCCAGUGACUUAAGAGAUCUGCCAGUUACCUUCUCUGUCCUGUCAGUUCUGACUCCCACUUUAGCCAGUGACCUCUCUUCUCUAUAAGGAUUUAACACAGGAAUUCUAUCCUGAGUAAUGGAUAAAAUUGGCAUUGUUUUAAGCAACAUUAUGGUAUGUUUAUUACAGAUUAUUUUUUAAGCCCUUCAUUUGAGCUAAGUUUAGGAUUUUUACUAGAUGACUGUUGUUUGGGUGAUGAUUAGAAUGGUUUUUAUUAAAGACUGUAAUGGUUAAUCACUUUAAAAAUAUGCAACUCAUGGUCCUGAUCCUGAAGGUGCUUGGACUUCGGUCCUCAAGGCAGCUGCUGGUUGUCUCUGAUGCCACGCUGGUCACAGCUGAACCGAAACUGGUAUCUGAGUACUGAGAAGUUACUAGCAAUUGUUUUGUUGUAUCCAUGUGCUCUUGUAGCAUAUCAUAAUCAAAUGCCAUUAACUUAACAAGUAGAUUCCUCUCCAGAGAGUAAUGAGGGGUCCUUUUGGAGGAUAAAUACUAAUGUUCCCAGUGGUCAGGCUUGUUUUGCAGCAGCGGAAAAAGCUUCGGGGAGUACAGUGCCUCACUGGAGUCUAAUCCCGUCAGGAAGGUAAAGCCAGUCUCCACCACGGACAGUAGAAAAUUACAGAAAAUGUCACGGUUUUCUUUUUCAUGUUUAUCAUUAUCAGAUGUCCAUUGUCUGCACAUCUUUGGCCUUUGUCAGGCAUCACUUACAGAUGAAAGACAUCAGUAGAGAAAGAAAAAAAGUGAAAGCUCAGCAUGUCUCAAACGGAAGUCCAGCCACCUUGGUGUUCUGAGAUUUGCCAGUCAGUGAGUUAACGUCUUAGUUCUCUGUUACCUUUUUCACAGCUAUGUUGCCCCAAACUCUGUUCGUGUUUCCAAAGUGUGUCUGAUAGGAAACAAAAUGUGUACAUGGUUUGUAAAUGCACAAUUUUCUUUCUUUUUGCAUUAGAAUUUUGCUUUUUAUUUGUUUCUACUUUAGAUAUUAUCAGACUUCUCACAACACAAAUAUACAAUUUUUGUUCACUAGUAGGUCUUUGCCUUUAAUUUGGUAUCUGCACUUAACUAGGAAUGCAAUUUUAAUUUCAGGAAAUAUUACUCCCAAAUAAAAUUAAUUUCUUAAUGAAUCUAGUAGUAGAAUAUAGAUAUCCUAACUCAGUGGUGAGUCAUCUUAUGAUAUUAAUGAGAAUAUCCUUGAGUAAGUUGGAGUUUUGCCUUUUCUUUCAGUUGCAAUAAAAUUCUAUUUCUGAAUCCUAAAAAUUCAGAAUCCUAGAUGGCUUGCUGUUGCUGAAUCUAGUGCUCAGACAAUAUUAUAUGUAGGAGAAAGAAAGUAUGUGUGUUUAUCAAGCUUUGCAUCCCAUUAUAGCUUGCAGCCUUUUUUGUUUUCUUCAUCAUACACAUUAAUAUUUCUCUAGUUACUUUAUCUGAAACUUAUUUGAGGUGUAUUAGAGAGCUGAAGUUGUAUUUUCUUCCUCUCCCCUAGUGCUUCCCAGGUAUCUGACUUAGAAAUAGCAUUAAGAGCCAAAUGUCUAGAGGUUGAUGGAAACUAUGUGAGUAGUUAAACAACUAUAUUAUUUUUGUUUAGUGGAUUUUUGUUGAUGUUAUUUGUGUUUUGCUUCAGGGGCUUUUUGGUUUGGGUUUGCUAAAAAGCAAUUUACAUAUUUUCAUCAUUGUUUCAUGAGAUAUGGAGGUAGGACAGGGAAAACUACUUAGCUAUUCUUAUUAUGCAGACAUUGUUCAAAUAAACCAGUGUGGGAUAUUAAGACUAUCAAUUGGUGGGAUUAGGUUUGCCAUUUUAUUUUUAUAAAUAUAUAUUUUUUCUGAAUGUGUCUGAGUCCAAGAGUGGGCAAAAAAAUAAUUUUCUACUUUGGACUAAAUCUAUAAAGGUUUUUGAAAGUCUGUAUGACUAACUUGUUGAAUUCAUGAAAUCUUGCCUUAAGGCACCAAUUGUAAACCUUUGAUUUUCUAAAAUAAAUUAAUUGAAAACAGUUUA